CUGCAAUCACAGCAACUGCAAGCCAGCACACAGAAGGCAACCUCUACUUUGUCUUUUACAACAGCAAGCACAAGAAGGAGCAGCGAUGAACUCAUUUGCGGCCCUUUGUGCAGGUGCAGAAAGUGGCCACGUCAUGUACAUGCUUGGCCAUGAAGACCAUCAGAUCCAUGGCAGCUGCCAGCUCUUCAGCAGCCAAGCUGAUAGCUUGGCAGCUCUUGAGGAGUUUGUAGGGCACAGAGCCUUGCUAGAAGGCUCCAUCUUUGCCCAGACAUUGACAGUAUUCUGACAAGAACCAAGUAACAUCCAUAUCAGCAACAAG